AUGAAACAGAAAUAUGGUCCGCAAGGUUUCCCUGAUAAGUUCCCAUACCGAACGAAAGCUGUGUUCGCUUUUGAAAUCAUCGAUGGUGUUGAAGUGUGCUUCUUUGGUCUCCACGUCCAAGAGUACGGUAGUAAUUGCAAGGAGCCCAAUGCAAGACGGGUGUACAUUGCUUAUUUGGAUUCGGUACACUUCUUCCAACCAAGGGAGCUCAGAACAGAGGUUUAUCACGAGAUAAUUCUUGGAUAUUUUGACUAUGUCAAGCGGCUUGGUUACACUAUGGCCCAUAUUCAGGCUUGUCCACCAUCUGAAGGUGAUGACUAUAUUUUCCAUUGCCAUCCUCAACAAAAGGUCCCCAAACCAAAGAGGCUACAGGAUUGGUACGAGAAGGAGCUGGAGAAAGGUGUAGGCGAAAAGACAGUGGUUGACUCCAAGGAUAUCUACGAACAGGCACUGAUGACAAUUUAA